AUGAUAAGCUUCUUCAGUUUUUCUUCUCUUUCUCUCGUCUCCUCUCUCUCUCUCUCUCUCUCUCAUUCAUAUUUAAGCCUGAACUUUUACGUUACUUUGUCCUUUCACAUUAAUUUCUUCCCCUCUGACCUCUUCACUUUCUUUUUAACCUCAUUUCAUCGCUCUUCUAUUCUUUCCCUCUUCUCUUUCUUCUAUUGUUUUUCUUUCUUUCCUUCUUUUUCUCUUUCUUCUGACAUUUUCCUUUUUCUUUCUUCUCUUUCCUCUAUCUUUUUUUUCUUUCUUUCUUUUUCAUUCUUUCGUCAAUCUUUAUCCUUUCUUUCUUUCUCUCUCCUAUCUUUAUACUUUUUCUCUCAUCUUUUUCCUUUCCUUCUUUCUUUCUCUUUUUCUUUUCUCUCUUUGUUGUUUUCCAUUGUUUCUUUUCUUUCUUUUCUUUUACUUUCUUUCCCUUUUUUCAUAUCUUUUUUAAAAGUUUUUCCUGUAUUUGUUGUUUAUUUUUAUUCUCUUGAACUUAUUUAUCUUUUUUCUUUUUCUUUCUUUUUCUUUUUCUUUCUUUUUCUUUCUUUUUCUUUUUCUUUCUUUUUCUUUCUUUUUCUUUUUCUUUUUCUUUUCCUUUCUUUUUCUUUUCUUUUCUUUCUUUUUCUUUCUUUUUCUUUUUCUUUCUUUUUCUUUUUCUUUCUUUUUCUUUUUCUUUCUUUUCCUUUUUCUUUCUUUUCCUUUUUCUUUUCCUUUUUCUUUCUUUUCCUUUUCUUUUUCUUUCUUUUCUUUUCUUUUUUUUUUUUUUUUUUUUUUCUUUCCUUUUUCUUUCUUUUCUCUUUUCCUUUUCUUUUUUUUUCCUUUCUUUUCAUCUUCUCCUUUUUCUUUCUUUCUUUUUUCUUUUCCUAUUCCAUUCUCUAUCCUUCCUUUCUGUUCUCUUCCAUUCUUUAUCCUUCUUUUCUUUUCUCUUUUUCAUUUCUUUCUUUUUAUUUCUUUGUUCCUCCUGAAACUUAUUCAUUACUGUUUUCUCAGUUCAUACACUCUUUCUUUUUCUAUCUAUCUCAUUUAUUCUUCUUUCAUUCCUCUCUUUUUCUUUUUUUACCUUUUUCUCUACCCACCAUCAUACUCAUUCAUUUUUUUCAUCGUUUCCCACCAUCAGAAUUUUCAUUUUUCUUCUUUUCUUUCAUUUGGUCCACAUUUCUUUCCUCCAUUUUUUUUCUUCCGUUUUUCUUAAUUUCUUUUCUUUCAUUGUUUUUCUUCUUUUUUUUUUUUUACUCAUCCUCUCUCUUCUCUCCUUUUCUUGCCUCAUCAUCUUUUUCCUCCUCACUAACCUCUCUCUCUCUCUCUCUCUCUUCUUACUUCUCUCUCAUUUUUAACCUUUUUCUAUCUUUUUUCUUUCUCCUCUCUUUUCUUUUACUUCUCCUUUUCUCUUUAAUUAUGUUUUCUUCUUUCUUUCACUAUCCUGGCUUUUUUGUUCCUUCUCUAUCACUUGUGUUUCUACUUAUACUCUUUUCGUUUAUUUCUCUCUCUCCUGUUUUGUUUUACUGUCUAUCCUUUGUACUUUUUCUCUUUCCUUUAUCCGUUCCAUCCUCUCUUUCUCUCUCUCAAGCUUGUUCAUAUUUUUCUUUCCCUCUCUCUCCUUUGUUCAUAUUUUUCUUUCCCUCUCUCUCCUUUGUUCAUAUUUUUCUUUCCCUCUCCCUCCUUUGUUCAUAUUUUUUCUUUCCCUCUCUUUCCUUUGUAUUUUUUCUUUCUCCCCUUUGUUCGUACUUCCCCCCUCUCCCCUUUGUUCGUACUUCCCCCCUCUCCCCUUUGUUCGUCUUUCCCCCCCCUCCCCUUUGUUCAUUACGUUCCUCCCUCUCCCCUUUGUUCGUACUUUCCCCCUCUCCUUUGUUCGUACUUUCCCCCCUCUCUUUGUUGUUCUCCCUCCCCUCUCCUUUUGUUCGUACUCCCCCUCUCUCCUUUGUUUGUACUUUCCCCCUCUCUCCUUUGUUUGUACCCCCCCCCUCUCCUUUGUUCGUGCUUUUCCCCCUCUCCUUUGUUCGUACUUUCCCCCUCUCUCCUUGUUCGUAUUUUCCCCCCUCUCUCCUUUGUUCGUACUUUCCCCCUCUCUCCUUUGUUCGUACUUUUCCCCUCUCUCCUUUGUUCGUACUUUCCCCCUCUCUCCUUUGUUCGUGCUUUUCCCCCUCUCUACUUUGUUUGUACUUUUCCCCCCUCUCUCUUUGUUUGUACUUUUCCCCUCUCUCCUUUGUUUGUACUUUUCCCCCCCUCUCCUUUGUUUGUACUUUCCCCCCUCUCCUUUGUUUGUACUUUCCCCCUCUCUCCUUUUGUUUGUACUUUCCCCCCUCUCUCCUUUGUUCGUACUUUCCCCCUCUCUCUUCUUUGUACUUCCCUUUUUCUUUUUUGUUUGUACUUUCUCUCUUUUUUUCACUCUCUUUUGUUUAUAGAUGCUUUCUUUCCCUCUUUUUCUUCCUGCAAUUCAAAUUCAGUUUUUGUUUUUCCUCCUCUUUUCCCCACAUCCCCCUCCAUUUAUUUUCAAAACCUUCCUAA